AGCCAAGCCAGUCAGUCACCGAACGCACCGCGAACGGUCAAGACUUGUCGUGAAACUAGUUUGCUCUAUAUUCGUAUACCGCGCCCGCGAAGUUUUGAGCAUGUGAGCAAAAGUGUUUUAAACAAAAAUGUUUUCGAGUGUUUUUUCAUUGUCAUUCUUGAUAGUUUCAAUUCAUGGAUUUGCGCUGCCCUUCGAAGGAUUAUAUCAGCUGGAUAUAAUACACUACAAUGACUUCCAUGCCAGAUUUGAAGAGACGUCGGUAGCAACACCAACAUGCCGGUUCAACAACAACUCCUGCCUGGGCGGGUUUCCUCGCCUCUACCACGAGAUCCAGGUCUUGAUGGAGGAGAAGCCAGACUUCGUACUCCUGAAUGCUGGAGACAGCUUCCAAGGAACCUACUGGUACACGCUUCUGAAGUGGAACAUCACAGCUAUGUUCAUGAAUAUGCUGCCCCAUGAUGCUCAUGCGAUAGGAAACCACGAAUUCGACGACGGCCCGGAAGGCCUGGCGCCGUACCUCUCAGGUCUGAAUGCACCAGUCGUGGCUGCGAACAUGGACUCCUCAGAGGAGCCGGCCCUCCAGGGACUCUACAAGCCUCAUGUUGUGAUCGAGAGGAAGGGCAGAAAGAUCGGCAUCAUCGGACUGAUCACUGUUGACACUGAGAAACUGUCGACCCCGGGCAAGGUAAAGUUCACGGAUCCCCGCGAGGCGACUCGUCGCGAAGCGCAGACCUUGACCGACAAGGGAGUGGACAUUAUCAUACUGCUCUCGCAUUGCGGGCUUGAUGUUGAUAAGGAGCUCGCCCGUGACUUCGGGGAGCACAUCGACAUCAUAGUCGGCGGUCACACACACUCUUUACUAUGGAAUGGUCCAUCUCCCAGCGGAGAGCCGGUAGCUGGACCCUAUCCCAUCUUCGUGGAGUCCGCAGUGGAUAAGAAACAUAAGACAAUGAUCGUGCAAGCAUCAGCGUUCACCAAGUACAUGGGGAAUCUGACGCUGUUCUUCGACUUCCGCGGAGACCUGGUCAAAUACGAGGGUGGUCCUAUAUUCCUGGACCGAUCUAUCGCUGAAGAUGCUGAAAUAAAAGCAAAACUAGCACCGUACGCGGAAAUAGUUCACAAGGCUGAAAACGUGCCUAUUGGGGAGACCAAGACGUCCCUAUCUUUCGAAGCCUGCGUUUUUGGGGAAUGCGCUUUGGGAGAUGCACUGGUCGACUCACAGAAUGAUUACGCCAAGUCGAAAGUAAAAUCAAGUCUGGAUUUCUUGUCGUUUAUCCAACGAGGGAACAUAAAGUCAUCCAUUCCUCAAGGCACAAUCACAGAAGGUACGCUAUUCGAGCUGUUGCCGUUCAACGACCGGAUGGAGACCUUCGAGCUGCAGGGCAAGUGGGUGCUGGAAGCCUUGGAGAGGAGUGUGAGGGACGCCUGGGCCAACCACCCCUUUAAAGGACCCUGGGUGCUGCAGGUUUCGGGUAAGACAACCUUAAGUAAUGAGUAAUCCCACUAGCCAUGG